CGUUCUCCUUCUACAUACACACACACUCUCUCUCUAUUCUUGGUUCAGAGGCACUGCCUCAGUACACUUGCCCAACUCCCUACUCCAGCUCUCUCUCUCUCUCUACCGACCACCCGCUGGGGCUACCAUCAUCACCAUUGACGAGGAUCUUGAGGAUCUUCAGUCCUCCUCCUCGUCACCUGAACGAUGCCAACCUUCCCUUGCCACCUGAGGUUCCUUCUCUUCUUCCUCCUCCGCCUCUUCCCCUGCUUCACCAAUCAACACCUCGCCGCCGGUGCCACUCCGGCCGCAGUUAGCAGGAGAUCUCUCCACCAACCUUUCUUCCCCGCCGAUCCCACCACCCAUUCCUCCCCCCCACCCCCUUCCAGCACCACUCCAACACCAUUCUUCCCUCUCAACCCCACCACCCCAGCGACCUCCACGCCCACGACUCCCACCACCAAUCCACCUCCUGCCGCCAUCCCGUCCGUUACUAUUCCGUCCAAUGUCGUCCGACCAACCUCUUCCGCAAAGAGCCCCAACCAUGCGAAGGUCAUCAUCCCCGUCAUCAUCAGCGUCUUCGCCCUCUUCGUUCUACUGGCCGGCAUCUUUCUGCUUCGGCGACGGAGAUCCUAUGGCGAGUACGACCAGAAGGCUUCCAGAUCCGCUAGUAUCCGCCUCUUCCCGGCUACUGAUCCGGGUUCCACCACCAAGGUGGCAGUCGCCAACGGUUCGGAAGUCCUUUACUUGGGCACCGUCGUAGACACUCGGAGAACGGAGGGCGAGGAUGCUUUGAACGUUAGUCCUUCCAACAACCGAAAAUUGGGCUCUCCGCUGAGCUUCCACAGUCGGAGCCCUGAGCUCCUUCCACUCCCGCCUCUCUCCCGCCAAUGCCGCAGACCGGAGUCCGGUCUGGAGUCGACAGAUGACGACGACAGCGAGUCAUUCUACUCGCCCAGGGGCUCUUCGAGCAGGAACCGCAAGGAGAGUCCAGCUACCAAAUCUGCCUCCGGACGGAUGUUGCAGGCCUCCUCCCCAGCAAGGCCGGACUCUGGGGCCUCGAAUUUGACGACCCCCUCCUACCCAUCUUCCAAAUCGACGUCUCCGGCGGGUUCCACGCCUCCUUCACCAGGCUCCGGAGGGGAAUCCACGGGUUCCGAGGUCCUUGGCCAUGCUGGCUUCCAGCUUCCGCCUCCAUCCUUCCAUCUGCCGCGGGACGGAAAGUUUACUUUGCCGUCUCUGCCGUCUUCUCCUUCCGAAGGAUCAUCGGUAAAAGCUGCUUCAUCUGGAAGAAGGUCAUUCUCUGGGACGCCGUCCCCACCUACGCAGCCCGUCAUUUCCAGCCGAACUCCUCCUCCUCCUCCUCCUCCACCACCACCACCAAAGGGUAGUCUUUGGCAAUCCUCAACUCCACCGUCAAACCCAGACAGGCCAAUUCCCAGACCUCCGCCAUUGGUAAGCCCGCGAAGAAGUCCGGAUACCGUGAAGGCAGAGAGCUCGCCGGAAACCAAGCCGCAGAGCAAGCCAAACUCACCAGAGACCAACAAGUCCCCCGAAAAACUUGGCGAGACCCCUCGUCCGAAGUUAAAGCCUUUACAUUGGGACAAGGUGCGGGCGAGCUCAGAUCGAGCAAUGGUGUGGGACCAAUUAAAGUCUAGUUCGUUCCAAUUGAAUGAAGAAAUGAUUGAAACUCUCUUCUUGUCAAAGGCCACCGAUACAACUCCAAAAGAGACAAGCAAACGGGUGGUUCUUCCAUCACCAGUUCAGGAGAACAGAGUGCUGGAUCCAAAAAAAUCCCAAAACAUUGCAAUCCUUUUGAGAGCCCUCAAUGUGACAAAAGAGGAAGUCUGUGAAGCGCUUGUAGAAGGUAACACGGAUGGAUUAGGCGCUGAGCUACUCGAAACGUUACAAAAGAUGGCGCCGACCAAAGAGGAAGAAGUGAAAUUGAAAGGAUACACUGAAGGACAAAAUUCCAAGCUUGGGGCAGCUGAGAGAUUCCUUAAGGCUGUGCUUGAUAUACCCUUUGCCUUCAAAAGGGUAGAGGCCAUGCUCUACAGUGCUAACUUUGAAUCAGAGAUUGCCUAUCUCAGAAAAUCUUUCAAAACGCUUGAGGCAGCCUGUGAGGAACUGCGGAAUAGCCGCCUCUUCCUCAAGCUCCUUGAAGCUGUACUCAAGACGGGCAAUCGGAUGAAUGAUGGCACCAACCGUGGUGAUGCGCAUGCCUUCAAACUGGACACCCUCCUGAAGCUUGUCGAUGUCAAAGGCACCGAUGGGAAGACCACACUCCUCCACUUUGUUGUCCAAGAGAUUGUCCGCUAUGAGGGGUCACACAUAGAUAGCCACUCUGCUACAUCCGCUGAGGCGACCGGUGCUGACAACUCUCGUAAGCUUGGUCUUAAAAUGGUUGCAGGACUCUCUGGGGAGCUUGCCAAUGUUAAGAAGGCUGCCUCCAUGGACCCUGUUGUCCUUGAAUCUUACGUCUCCAAGCUUGUCUCUGGCCUUGAGAAGAUCUCUGAGGCUGUCCAUCUUGCUGGCGAUUGCGCGGCCAAUGCACUGUUUGCGUCAUCAAUGUCUUCAUUCAAGCACAAGGCUGAGGAGGAGAUAUUGAGGAUCCGUGCUGAGGGAAGCGUUGCUCUCUCACUUGUGAAGGAGAUAACAGAGUACUUCCAUGGCAAUGCAGCUCGUGAAGAGGCACACCCAUUUCGCAUCUUUGUCAUAGUGCGCGACUUCCUUGAUAUUCUUGACCGAGUAUGCAAGGAGGUCGGGAGCAUGCAGGGGCGGACGACAGUGGUGAGUUCUGGGCGCCAUUUCCCGGUUCCUGUUAACCCCACCCUCCAGCCAAUGAUGCCUACGCCGGCCUUCCAGAGGCGAUGGACAGACAGUGAGGAUGACGGUGGGAGUUCCUCUUCAUGAUUCAUCUCCAGCUUUCUUCUUCAAUGAUCACCAAAAUAUCGUAUACAUCCAGCAGAACAUGCACCGAUGCCGCUGGGAACCCUUUUUGUACGUAAAUCAUCGAUGUAAUUUUUGUCUUUUCCCAAUAGGACGAUUUAUUUUAUUUAUAUUAUAUCUAUAUACAGAGGGGUUGUGCAGAAACCAAUGUAUAAGCUGUGUAAUAAGGUGAGUUUCCAGCUGCAAAAUUCGAUGAAACAUGAUAAAGGAACUGGCAAACUAUUAAUUCUUUUUCUA